AUGUCAUCUUCGGAAACCAUUGGGCAUGAGAUCAUCACACAGGCCAGUCGCAUGGAUUUAAUCGCCUCGGAAAUUGGAUCUGAAGAGCUUCGGUACUCGAGUGGCAACUCAUUUAUAACUAACGUUGUGGGGGCAAUCAGCUGGCUGAUUUAUAAGCUCCUAUCCCACACCCUCUUCUAUGUUCCUUCUGUCAUAUACUUGAUACUUUCCCAUACUGUGCAGGUAAAUCUCUCAUUUACCAGUCUUUUGAUUUUUUCCUCCCUCAUAGUUUUGAUUGCAUAUUCUUAUGUUAGGUACAGGUACCUCACAAAGUACUCAAGAUUACCUGAAGAGCCGAAGAGACAGGAACCAACUAUAGAUACAUUUCUUGAGCCUUCGAAUGAAGACGGUAAAUCACGUGUUAGCUACCUUGAUGAAUUUUUGAGUGCGAUCAAGAUCUUUGGUUACCUAGAGAAAUCGGUGUUUCAUGAACUGACCAAGAGUAUGCAGACUCAGAAACUUGAUUCAGGUGAGAUUCUUUUUCUAGAUGAUUCUUCUGGCUUUACCAUCUGUGUUGAAGGCGAAAUUCAGGUAUAUUUCAAAAUCGGAGAAGAAAGGGACCGUAAGCAAGCAUUGUUUGCAAAGGACAGUUCAAAGGAUGUCGUUAUUGUGGAUGGUAUUAGAUACCAGCUUCUAAAUAUCAUUAAAAGUGGUGCUCCAGUUUCUUCAUUCAUUAGCAUCCUCAAUCUGCUCACGAAUCCAUCUGCUGCUCUUCCAUAUGCCGCACCGACUCCUUCUGUACUCGUACCUGGCUCUGCUCAUCACUCAUUGCCUCUUCCGCAUGAUGGCUUUGCAUUAGAUGGACCUUUUGAUGGUGUAUCUUCACCUAAUUAUUUGGGUAAAUUGUCUACUGAUAUGUCAGGCAAAUUGCCUGCAGCAAAUUCCCUUUCUUUCUCUCCUACUUCGCUGAAUGCUCAUUCUGCAUCUCCCAAUCUCCCAUCGCUCAACAGCUACCCUACAGAAUCCAAUGCUGGUGGCGUUCCUUGUGCAACCGACUCUACUUCUCAGUCGUCGUCUGCCAUGGAAUUAAUCGCUAUCCCUAAGGGUAAUUGUACAAUCUCUAUCAUUCCGAGGGAGUCGUUUUCUCGCCUUGCACAUAAAUAUCCUAAAGCUACAACCCAUAUCAUUGAAAUGAUUCUGACCAAACUUUAUAGAGUCACUUUUCAAACUGCCAGCGACUAUUUAGAUCUUACUUCGGAUAUUUUCCAGACUGAAAUCAAUUUGAACAAGUAUGCAAAGAAUAAGAUUUCUCGAUAUUUAUGCGAUAAUGCUAUCAAAUCGCUUGAUCGCCGUGCAGAUGUUGAAGCCGCAACUCUUAACUCGAGUAGCAAUGAAAGUGAAACAUCUGAGAACGGGCUGCAUGAUUCAAGUUUGAGAUCGCCUAUCACUGUGAUGUCAAGCCGACAUUUUCAAAACUCUAAUUAUGACGCUACUAUUUCAACUUCUCCAGCAGUAUCUUCUGCGGCUAAACGUAGGCAACGUCAUUUUAGACGAUCUAUUCGUCACGGUAACCAAUCUUCUGAUAUAUUGGCGUACGAUUCGGCUGAUGAAAGUACAAACUCGUUGAAUGAGGAUCCUCGCUCUUCAUCGGUAUCGUGUGUGAGAAGUGGAUCAGCAAGGAAUCUCUCACUUAAAUCCCGUAACAAAUCGAACACAGGAGACUUGAUGUCUAAGGUUCCUUUACCUCGCUCGGGCAGUGACAUAAACGUUGGAACCGGCAAUAGUGAUAUGCAUGCAUUGAGAGAUCGAACGUUCAGUGGCAACGAUGAAGGAUCCGAAGAUUUCAUUUUAAUGUCUUCGCUUGCCGAUGCCAUCUGCUCAAUUAUUGGUAUCGAGAAAGGUUUAUUCAUAUCCACAGACACUCCUUUAACAUCUUCUGUGUCUAGUUCAAGAAAUGGGGUACAAAUGAUUAGCAGUCUGGCUGCAGUGAAUGUGGUUCCAGUCGUGGAAGAGCAUCCGGGAUCCAAAUUGCGUACAUUUUCUACCUCUGGUAUUCAAAUCUCCAGUAGUAACGAUGACGAACCCGAGGGUAGUACUCCGGAGAGUGGAGAGGCAGACUAUUUAAAUGUGAAAAAAGAUCUCGCAGACGAAAUCCAGAUCCUGAGAAUAUCCCAGGGAACUAGAAUAAUAAAAUCUGAAGAACAAACGCCUGGAAUUUACUAUGUGAUUGACGGUGCUUUAGACGUCACUUACUGGAAGAGACAGAUGGAGGAGUUGGAUGGUCACUCAGUUGAUCUGAAGGAUCGCAGAGACUCCUUGAAGGAGAAGCUUCAUGAAGAGUUUCUAUACACUGUUCGCAAAAAUCAAAUUGCAGGUUAUCUAGGAACCGUUAUAGGUUCUAAAUCGUUCAUUGAUGUUCGUGCUGCAACUACAACGUAUGCAGCAUUUAUCCCACGUAACGUUUUUGAUUUCAUGAUAGAAAGGUAUCCAAGGGUAGAGGCGUGUAUUGCCAGGCAUUUACUGACUGUGUUGGAUCGUCGUCUAUAUCUUACAGAUUAUGCCAUAGAAUGGGUUCAUUCCUCUGCUGGGGCAUCUUUAUAUUUACAAGGUGAUCCGGCUAAUGGCAUUUAUAUUGUUCUUAAUGGUCGUUUCCGUUCUGUUAAGUUAGAUAGAAUAACAGGCAAGCAUGAAGUUCUUUCUGAGCAUGGACAAGGUGUGUCACUUGGCGAAGUUGAAGUGCUUACGAAUACAAAGCGGCUUGUGACACUCAUUGCUAUACGGGACUCUGAGUUGGCACGUAUUCCACGUACAUUAUUUGAGAUGAUUGCUUUAAGUAAUCCCUCUAUCAUGGUGAAUGUGUCUCGAAUUGUUGCUAGUAGGGUCACUAGGGCCAUUACUACAAGUGUUAAUACUAUUCCUAUAGGUGCGUCUGCAACUUCUCCUCAUAUAAAGGAUGAACCUCUUCUUAAUAACUUCACUGAUUUUCGAACUCUCACUGUUCUACCAGUUACCCAAGGGUUACCGGUUAUGGAAUUUGGCGAACGAUUGGGUCUAGCGCUUGAAGCUACUGGUAAGUCUGUUAAGAUGUUGAAUCAAAGCUCCGCCCUCACAAGUUUGGGUAAGCAUGCUUUUGAUAGACUUGCUAAGCUGAAGCAAAGUGGAUACUUUGCUGAACUUGAGGAGAAGUAUGAUAUUAUCGUGUACUUGGUUGAUACUAUCGCGAACUCUUCCUGGACUAGAACUUGUAUUCAGCAGGGAGACUGUAUUCUUCUUUUAGCAGAUGCUAUGGCUUCUUCGGACAUCGGAGAAUAUGAGAGGUUGCUUGUAAAGACCAAAACAACUGCGCGAACGGAGCUUGUUCUUCUUCAUCCCGAAAGAAGCAUGGAGCCUGGACUUACAAAUCGCUGGCUAAAAAAUAGAAUAUGGGUUCAUUCGCAUCAUCACAUUCAGAUGCAAUUGAAUUUAGCUAGGUCGGACGCACAGAAUGUAGCACAUCAGGAAGAUGAUAUAUCUCGUAUGGAAAAGAUUCCGGAGCUUUUCAGGAAGUCCACGGCCAAAAUAAGGGAUAACCUAAAGACCAAAGUGGAGAGUAUAAUAACUGGUAACGACCUUUUGAUUAGACUAGCCAGGGAUUCUUUCAAGAGCAAAAAGUACUAUCAGCCGAUGCAGACGCAUAAAAAUGAUUUCAUGAGAUUGGCACGUAUUCUUACAGGUCAAUCCAUUGGUUUGGUUCUUGGUGGUGGUGGUGCUCGUGGUCUCAGUCAUGUCGGUAUUAUUAAAGCAUUAGAGGACAAUGGCAUACCUGUUGACAUGAUUGGGGGGACUUCUAUUGGCGCGUUUGUUGGUGGUCUUUAUGCUAAGGACUAUGAUUUUGUUCCUGUCUACGGACGUGCAAAGACUUUUGCUGGAAGAAUGGCAACACUCUGGAGAUCCGUUUUGGACUUGACGAUUCCUGUAACCUCUUAUAUUACAGGCCACGAGUUCAAUAGAGGUAUUUGGAAGGCCUUUGGAGAUUCAAGAAUUGAGGAUUUCUGGAUUAAGUAUUACACCAAUUCAACCAAUAUUACUGAAUCCUUAAUGGAGGUGCACACUAGUGGUUAUGCCUGGAGAUAUAUUCGUGCGUCCAUGUCAUUGGCUUCCCUAUUACCUCCUCUUACAGACAACGGUAAUAUGUUAUUGGAUGGUGGAUACAUUGAUAACCUCACCGUGGGGGAGAUGAAGCGUAGGGGUGCUCGGACUGUUAUAGCAUGCGAUGUUGGAUCUGCUGAUGAUCACACACCAAUGAAUUACGGAGACUCGUUAAGCGGCUUUUGGGUCGUUCUUAAUCGUUUUAAUCCAUUUUCCCGCCAUCCUAACGUUCCCACAAUGGCCGAUAUUCAAAUGAGAUUGGCUUACGUUGCUUCAGUCAAUGCCUUGGAUCGGGCUAAAAACACUGAAGGAUGUUUAUACUUGCGUCCGCCUAUCGAAGAUUAUGCUACGCUUGAUUUCGGGAAAUUUGACGAGAUAUAUCGUGUGGGCGCCAAAUACGGUAGCAAAAUAGUCAAAGAGCUCCGUGAUAACGGAGAGCUACCAAUGCUCAAAGCUAGAAAGAGGGAGGUUUGGGGCACGCAUCCUCUCCGAAGAAGAUACUCGAUCUGA